UUCCGCAAAAUCAUGUCACUGAAGUGAACAUCUCAAUGGUAAACGCUCCAGUUUCCUCCAGGCAGAACAGUCCUCUCCCCUCGGAUCCAUGACAAACACCUCCCUCCCCUCGAGUUUUGGAGCUCCGCCCUCCUCUUCCGCGCCCCGUCAGAGGCAAGGGGCAGGGCUGGAGGUCAGUGUGCUGUCUGCGACGGGAAGGGAUAGACGUCUGCUCCCACGCUCCUGUCACACGCGUGCACCACCGUCUCCCGCGCUCCCCGCUCACCACUUGCGCCGGUCCACGCGGACGAACAACACAUUUAAACAGAUUGCAAAGAACAUACAUGUGAUAUAUAUCAAGGUGACUAUGCACACCUCUUAACGUUACUUGGCGAUGCUGUGAUGGCCGGGGACUUCAAUUUGACGUAGUAUUGGAGUUUGGUCUUAACAGGGCGGCGCUGGUGCAGUGUGUCAGCUCCCGCUCCCCCAUUAGGAGUGUAGGGCCACGAUGAAGGGCCCCUAUGUAAUGUUGUAGGCGAACACGAAAAAAAAAAUAUAUAUAUAUAUAUAUAUAUACAUAUAUAUACUUGCAUUAAAAGGAACCUGCAAGUCGCGAUACACAGGUGCUGGCUGAGGGGCUGGCAGGGGCGAGACAACAUGCUCGUGCUGACCUGUUGGGUCCUCGUUCUCCUCUGCGGGGAAGGCGGCUUUGCACUGAGCAUGAGGAGAUUCGAGGUGCCGCUGCAUGUGCCCCGGGGGGAGAGCACGACGCUACGCUGUGAAUUCGAUCUGCAGGGAGAGCGUCUGUACUCCGUCAAGUGGUACAAGGGCGGGAGGGAGUUCUUCCGCCACGUCCCCAACGAGCAGCCCAAGAAACAAGUCUACGAGGUCACAGGCGUCAACGUGGAUAUGGAGGAGAGCACAGGACAGGUGGUGAAGCUGCGGGAAGUGGAACUGGCUACUUCAGGAAGGUACAAGUGUGAAGUGUUAGCAGAGGCACCGGCCUUCAAUACUCUGGUGGAGCAUGCUAUUCUUACUGUUGUGGAAAUUCCGCAAGAGAAGCCAGUCGUGCAGGGCGCCUGGGAACGCUACCACCCUGGCGACAUCGUGAGGAUUAACUGCACCUCAGCCCCUUCCAAGCCCGCAGCUACCCUCACCUGGUACAUCAACGACAGGGUGGCGCCUGAGCAGUACUUGAUGCGUUACCUCCCCUACAUGGAUCACGAGGGCCUGGAAACGACCACUCUGGGUCUUCACUUCCACGCUACACAUGAUCACUUUCCCCGAAACGUGAUGUCCCUCCGCUGCACAGCCUCCAUCGGCUUCUUCUACAACAAGACAGAGGAAACCGCCCUGGAGACCCACCGACCCGCCCUCUCCCUGCAAAGUCGCGAACACUUUUACGUCUGGGCGCCCGACGCACCGUCUCUUCCCUCGGACUAACUUUGCUCCUCCUGUGCGUACUACAUGCCCUCAGAUAAACGCUGUUGACGCAUCAGUGGAGGAGGUAUCAGAUGUCCUCGUCACCACCACUCCAGCAUCGAAGUCUCUACAACCCGCCUUAGGUCACAGAGUCCUGGGUAGUGCUUUAGGAGAUGUCACGUGUUUGCUGGAAGACUGCGACGUCCUCUCUGACGCGGAUGACACCAAAGCGAAAACCAAAGAACUUCUCUCAUCUCCUCUCCAAAGUGAAGUCGUUUUCAUAAACAUUAUAAUAAGAAACACGAGCAGCAGCAGCGGCAGCAGCCGGAGCAGCAACAAAAGCAAACACAGCAGCAGUAGCUAUUGCAGACACGACAAUAACAACAACAAAGAAACAAUACAGAUGGCAGAAGCAUAACCAUCAAUCGCAAACCCCGAACCGAGAGUGACGUAAUGAUAAACAGGCUGCACAGACUCAUAACAGACCAUGUGGCGAUGAGCCUGAAGCCCAUCAGUGUUGUGUUAUACUGAAGGAAUUGUUAGAUUGUGUGUCGUUUCCCCCUUUCCCCCUCCCCUGCCCCCUUUCCACCCACAGCUAUCGGUCCCUGACUCAGCCCUUCCCUGUGCAUCCCCUCCGCCACUCCUCCCGAAUCACUGUGUCUGGCCAAUACCACUGUGAAAGACGCAGUUUUGAGCCUGUUCCCAAAAGCCUUCGCGAUCCUCAGCAAGUAAUAACUGAGGCAUGGCGGGGCCUAAGGAGUCCGUCACAGCCUACUUAUAUCAUGAAGGCUAGCGAGAGUCGUCUAAAGGCUUUAGUGACGUCGUGUGGAAGGAUUUCCUCGCGCAGGCAACAGGAGUCCGCGAACCGGCAGCGUGAAGGAGUGUGCCGGGACACCAUGUAGCUCAUCUUUGUGAUCUUGUGACCCCUCCCGGUGUGUGUGUGUGUGUGUGUGUGUGUGUGUGUGUGUGUGUGUGUGUGUGUGUGUGUGUGUGUGUGUGUGUGUGUGUGUGUGUGUGUGUGUGUGUGUGUGUGUGUGAGGAUGUGCUGGAGAAACGAAACACUCGGUAUGUGCUUCAAAUUAAGUGUAUCUCAAUUCUUAAACUGGAGAAAAUAACAAAGGUAAAAACUGCUGAGAGGACAAUAAUUAUACGGUGAAAUACAAGCUCAGCGGGAGAAGCGGGACACAGUGAUAACGAUAACGAAGAUAAAGAGAAUGAUGUGUCGUGUUUAGUUUUUAGUCAUAACCCAUAAGAAAAAGACAGAACCUACUACACAUCGCCUCCAGGGAAAUAUAAAGACAAUACUGGCGUGACAUUGGAACUUUGCCACGUGUGUACAUAGACUCAGGUGGGGAGUGCUGAAGUUGUGCUAAAGUGCGUUUGUGCAUCCCUGGACCCUAUUCUGUACAGUGCUCGUGUGUCUGCCUGUGUGUGUGCGUGUGCUUGUGCGUGUGCGUGACCGUGAGAGUGCCGUUUACUCGUGUGAUACGUAGCAUUAUCCUUAUACAUAAAACUUGGAUAUGUUAAACUUUAUAUAUAUAUAUGUGUAUAUAGGAACGUGUCGCAAUACAGUUUAUCACACAGACAGAGGGUGACGCUGUGCCAGAAGCCCCGCCGAAGGACUGGUGCUGCUACUGCCACUACUGCACUGUGCUGGGGGUACGCGGGAGGGGGAGGAGGCGGAGGAAGGGACAAGGAAGACGAGGAAGAGGAGGAGGAGGAGGAGGAAGGGGAGAGGGAGCACGGACCCCUCCACUGACCCCUCGCUCCGAUGGGUUGCGAGUCGUAACGAAUUAUUUUUUUGCCUAAACAAACGCAGAUCUGAUCGCUUGGAAUGCUCGUUCGCCAGGAAUUUAAUCAAUCAGACUCGCUUUGGCAACCCCCAGUGAGUGAAAAUACAAUAAAUGUUUGUGUCGCCUGAA